GCGAGGAGCGCGAUCGAGGGACGGCGAGCGAUGGAGAUGGACAAGCGGAUCCAUUUGGAGCUGCGGAACAGGACGCCCUCGGAUGUGAAAGAGCUCGUCCUGGACAACUGUCGGUCGAAUGACGGCAAAAUUGAGGGCCUGACAGACGAAUUUGAGGAACUGGAGUUCUUAAGUACAAUCAACGUCGGCCUCAGCUCAGUUGCAAACUUACCAAAGUUAAACAAACUUAAGAAGCUUGAACUAAGUGAUAACAGAGUCUCAGGGGGCCUGGAAGUAUUGGCAGAAAAAUGUCCGAACCUCACGCAUCUAAAUUUAAGUGGCAACAAAAUUAAAGACCUCAGCACAAUUGAACCACUGAAAAAGUUAGAAAACCUCAAGAGCUUAGAUCUAUUCAAUUGUGAAGUGACCAACCUGAACGACUACCGAGAAAACGUGUUCAAGCUCCUCCCGCAGCUCACGUACCUCGAUGGCUAUGACCGGGAUGACAAGGAAGCGCCAGACUCGGAUGCUGAGGGCUACGUGGAGGAGGGUCUGGAUGACGACGACGAGGAGGAUGAGGACGAAGAAGAAUAUGAUGAAGAUGCUCAUCCAGUAGAAGAUGAGGAGGACGAGGAUGAGGAAGAGGAAGGUGAAGAGGAGGAUGUGAGUGGUGAAGAGGAGGAAGAGGAGGAAGGCUAUAAUGAUGGGGAAGUAGACGACGAGGAAGAGGAAGAAGAACCAGGUGAAGGAGAGAGGGCGCCAAAACGAAAACGAGAGCCUGAAGAUGAGGGUGAAGAAGAUGACUAAAUGAAAUAACCUAUUUUGGAAAAAAAAUUCCUAUUGUGAUUUGACUGUUUUUACCCGUAACCCCUCCCCCCAAAUCCCGCCCCCCGAAACUUAUUUUUUUCUGAUUGUAACAGUUGCUGUGGGAACGAGAGGGGAAAAGUGUACUGGGGGUUGUGGGGGGAGGGAAGGGGAGGGGGUGGAAUAAAAGACUAUUUUUACUGCCACUCUUUAUUUUUUUCCCCCCUCCCCUCCUUUUUCUUUGUGUCUGGUUUGGUCCCUAUAAUUGAGAAAGCUGAAGAACGCAUCCAGUGAGCAUCUGCUUGCUCCUUUCUCUCAGGAUGCUCAUGAGGUCCCCUACAUUUCCUGGUGUUGCCCGAGUUUCUGAAGGGAGUGGGGAGGCCCUGGCUGGCCCCGGUUUGGUUUCUCAAAGCCCAGGAGGGGCUGAGCUCCAGCCACGACCUACCUCUUGUCCUGGGUCCCCAUGAUCUCAGCAGUUCAUGGGUUUGCUAAAGGCCUACGGUGCCCUGGUUUGUAAAUAGGAACCUCAAGGCAUGUUUUGGCACUGGUGUGUUGGGGGGGGAGAAUCCCCGACUCUCAUCCCCCUUUCCUCUCAGAGAUAGUGGUGGGCUCCACUCUUCCAAGAACAUGAGAGUCCUCAUCAUAGUUGUGCGUCAGAGAGCUGGAAAGGGUGGGCCCCUAACUUAGGGGUCACGUGGAUCUGGCAAUUGGUAUUCCCAGAGAACAUUGCAGACCCUCAGACACAGCCUCUUUAACAGGUCUCAAAACAACUGUCCUCUUUGUUCUAUGAAAUAUUAGAGCGCUUUGUAUUCUGCACUGCACAGAAAGUCCUUUCACCUGUACGCCUGUGUUUUACUCCUUUUAACAAACCUGAGUGCAGGCCAUGGCAUUGCCUCAUGUUGGCAGGGGGUUCUUUUUCAUACACCCAAGCAUGGGAUAAAAAAAAAGAACGCAAAAUUGUAUUUUCUUACCUAGUGGAAAUUCUGAAAUGACUGCAAAUCCCUAGUGAAUGUACAGGUCUGUUUCCCUGUCCCUCUUCUGGAUCGCUUUGGAAGUGGCGUGUCAUUUCCCAGCCUGCGUCUCAUCUGUACAAAACAACAUCUAUACCGGGUUUUCUCCGCACCCCCCCUCAGAAGAGCCAAACUUUGAGUUUUAUGUCUGUUUGUCAUUGAUAAAUUUCAAUAAAUCUUUUUAUACAAGUU